AUGAAAUUCUUUUCCAAAUUCUUUUUCUCUUCUUCCUCUUUGAUAUUUUUAUUCGUCGUCGUAUUUCUCAACAACGAAGUUCACGCGAUACGACCGGAAACGAAGAACGCCAUCGACCGCUCUGGAUGUGGAAACCAUAAAACGUUUCUAAAUUCUCGCCGCACUCGACAAAUGUGGACAAACGAAGCCAUCACUGGUCCGUACGCGUUGUUACAUCGCUCGCCUCGAGAGAGUGAUUUUUUCAACCGAGUGUUGCUAAAAUGCGGGUGCAGAAAAGCAGACAAAGAGAGUGAGGAAGUUUUUCACGAAGACGACGACGAUUCAGACGACAACGAGCGAAAAGAGCAGCAUGAAGACGAAAUUUUUGAAGAAGAGGAAACUAUUUGGUGCCAAGAUUUCUUACCGGCGUGGUUCGCGUAUAUUCGAAGGUACCAAGACAUUAUGCAAGAGGAAGGGAACGCGUCCAAACAAAGUCAUCCAAUCUUAAUCGUGCGGAACGACUGGCAGAACUUGGGUUUCGGACACAUGGCAAACGUUGCCGCCGGGUGGAUGAUGUUUGGAUUGUAUUCUGGACGCGCGGUAUUUUUCGACAACGCGGAAAGUAAGUGGGAUUUUACGGAGUAUUUCGAAGGGUAUUUAGGAGAUGGCACGAACGGCGGGAUGAGUUUUAAAUGGACGGAGGAGCUGCAAGAGAAAUAUUUCCCAGGCGUGGCGUUGAGCGAGGAGACGAGUUCGACAGUGUACGAGAAGUACGAAGAAGGAAACGGAGAGGAAAUAGAUUACUUUGCGAGGUUCAAUCUGUGGCGAACGAGCGAUGCGAAUAAGUACACGAAGUGCCAAUACGGACCAGACGAAGACGUCGAUGUUGGCACGUGCUUUCACGGCGAGGAUGCGGACAAAUGCAGGUACGGCGAGUUUUUAGAAGAGCCAUGUUUGACCGAGAAAGAGAUGCGUUACGAGUGUCCAUUUGGUUCCAGAGAGGCGUUCGGUUGCCCAUCGUGUAACAAAUGCAUAAUACACGCGUUCAAGACAAAGCAUGUUAUCCUCUGGGAUUCAUCCAGCGGAUCUGGUGGUGCUCUUCCGAUUGAAAGAAGAAGCGCAGACGUGAUGACCCAAAAAAAUCUCCCGCCUGAGAUUGUCUUUUCAGACGAGUUAAGGGAAGCUUUGAUGGAAACGGCAGAGAAGAGAUUUGGAUGGACGCACGCGAAGAGUUUUGGUUCGUAUCAUCAUCAGAGUCUCGGGAGAGAGGAAGGCAUGGUUCCGUUGCAGGCAUUUGAGCAGUGUCUUCCAUGCGCGAUGAAUUUGUUGUUGCGGCCAAAGAUGGAUCUACUGGCUUGGAAGCAUUUGUUACGUUCGGAUGUUGCGUUUGCGAAUCGAUUAGUUGGCUUACGAGCGAGAACUGGAUACGCCGAAGAUAAGAUUUGUUUUCCAGAAGAUAUGCCUCCGAUGGCCGAGUGCAUAGACGAAACGUUCUUCAACGAAACGUGUUCGUCGGUAGAGUUACAAAAGUGGCACAUUCGAUUGCGGGCGACGACGUAUAAAGGUCUUCCUGGAGAAAACGAACGGAUUUUAAAGCCCUCGGAAGCGGUGGAAUUCAUAAAGAACCGCUUGGACGCUACAAUCACGCCUGAGAGGGAAUACGAGAGACUAUAUCGCCGCGGGUACUCGCUUUCAAAGCGUUCGCUCGAACGACGGGCAAAAAUGAGGAAUCCAGACGACAACUUCAUGUACGUCGUCACGGACGCGCCAGCCUUGCAAAACUGGCUCGAGAAACAGUUUCCAAGUAUGACCCGAUUUUCUCCCGGCGUCGGCGUCGAUCCUACGAAUGAUUUAAGAGAAGACCAUGCGAGCGAUGCGGACUCGCGAGCAAAGAUUGCGAUCGAUUUCAAAGUCCAAGGAUGGAUCGAUGUCAGUCUCACUCUUUCGCCGAGUCAGUACUACAGCGCCGCGGAUGUGCAAAGUUUCGAUAACUUGAGAUCAUUUGGUCAGGAUAAACCAAGCGGUCGGGUAGUUGAACCGCCUAAAGAAAUGAAGAGUAAAGAAUUAAUCGGUUUCGUAUCGCCAAAAGAGCUCUACGUGAAGAAUGUCGAGGUUUUGCGAGACAGAAUUGAAAGACGAAAAGAAAUGUGCGGCGGGGAGGACGAUGCGGGCAGUCUCGAGUUGCGAAAGUUUCUUCCUAAGAAAAGUAGCACGGAAGAUGAACGAGAAGAUGAACGUAGAUAG